AUGUCUUCUGCACCACCACCAGAAGUUGCAGCAUUGGCUGUUGAGGUUCCUCCAAAGCUUGCCUUUGAUCCAAAAAAGCACAUCAACCAUGUUCCGCCAAAGAAAAUAUGGACCAUGACUGAGAUCGAACGCGGCAACCAAGGUGUAUCACCAAAUGCUGUUUCCGAGCCUUUCUCUCUGUUCACAGAAGAAGCUGUGAAGCAGAUGAGAGCAGAGAUUUUGAGCAAACCUGUCUUAGAAAACUGCACUUACCAGUCCAACCUGUCUCCUUGUCAGCUCCGUGGCUAUGCGCCAAAGUAUGCACCGUUUGUGUACGACGCUUGGCACUCUCCUCAAGUUCUGGAAAUUGUCUCCAAGAUCGCUGGCAUUGACCUGGUCCCCGUGAUGGAUUUCGAAAUUGGUCACAUUAACAUUUCUGUCCACUCCAAGGAAGCUCAAGAGGAAGCCAAACGAGCUAUUGCCGAACACAAAAGCCGACAAGCCGAUGAAGGAGUAUCAGGUUGCCCUUGGGAGGACGAUACCCCAAUCGUUGGCUGGCACACUGAUUCCUAUCCCUUCGUCUGCGUCUUGAUGCUCAGCGACUGCAGUCAGAUGAUCGGAGGUGAGACAGCCCUGCGAAAGGGAUCAGGCGAUAUCAUGAAAGUUCGAGGUCCUGGCGUGGGAAAUGCUGUUGUCCUACAAGGUCGUUACAUCGAGCACCAGGCACUCAAAGCUUAUGGUGGCCAGGAACGAAUCACUAUGGUAACCUCCUUCCGACCAAAGUCACCACUCGUUCAGGACGACACUAUCCUUGACACUGUCCGCGCCGUCUCCAACCUACCAGACUUAUACCGAGACUACACCGAGUAUCGACUUGAGCUUGUCGAGGAGCGAGUUCGGGCCCAGCUCAAGAAGAUUCGAGAACGAAAGAAUCGAGGACACAAGUUCGACACACCUGGCAACAAAGCCUUCCUUCGAGAACAGAAGCAGUUCUUUGAAUCUAUGCUGAAGGCCUUGGUGGACGAGGACAAGGUCAUUCCUGGCUACACCGACUCUUCUCACUUGAUCUCUCCGGACUUGAAAGAGCGUGACGAGUUCUUCUCCAAAUUCUACGUGGCUACAAGAAACAAGAAGUAG